AUUUUGAAAUCCAGGACUGGAAGUAGUUCGCGUUGAGUGGCGGGAAGCUGACAGGUGAGGAGGCGUCCAAACAGGAAGAAGAACCUGAAAACACGAAAGAUGAGUCCCUCCUCGGCGGACAGACGGAGCCUCCAGUCCGCUCAGAUCACACCCAGCCGGGACGGUUCUACUCACGGACUCCCCUCCGAGCCGGAGCCCCGCGGACGGUGAACCCCGGCCCGCAGAGGGACGCGCUGCUCGGGCUGCGGAGCGACGGGAGGCGGGGCUAGGCUAGGCUAGGCUAACUGGUUAGCACGCUAGACUAACGGCUCCAGCCUCCGGAAGGCUAGGCUAGGCUAACUGGUUAGCACGCUAGACUAACGGCUCCAGCCUCCGGAAGGCUAGGCUAGGCUAGGCUAGGCUAACUGGUUAGCACGCUAGAUUAACAGCUCCAGCCUCCAGAAAACACCGCAGAAACUUUGGUGAAAAUCAGCUGUUUUUGCAGCACUGGAAACACCCGAGAAGAUUAAAAUAUCACAAUUUAAAUAAAAAUUAAUCUACUUAGUAUUGCUAAUAAGCAAUUAGCUGAUUAGCUGCCAUCACAGGCUGCCAGCAGGAGGAAAACAUUCAGGUCCAUCAGGUUUUUACAGUAACUCCCGAGUUAUUAGACAUUAAUUAACAUUAGCAUCAUAAUUAGCAUGUGCGGCUAAAGGCUGCUAGCCUGUCAGAACUGUCUGAAACGUUUAUUUUCGUGUGUUUCGGAGUGUUUUGUCUCAAGGCUGAGCUGAAGUUUCUCCGAGCUGCAGCUUAGUGUUGUUAGCAUGGAGGCUGCGGAGCCUGGCAGCAGCAGCAGCAGCUCCCAGCCGUUACAUAACACCAGCAGGGCGCCGGAGAAGCUGCUCCCCGUCUCCUCCUCAGCCUCCUCAGCCCGGCUCUGACAGCUGCACACCGCUACACAGACAGACAGGAAGACAACACAAUAACACAACAACAAAGACAGCCUCACAGCAUGGAGGAGCUCUGAGCCUGCAGGCAGACACACAACAGACACACAACCCUGGACAUCAGCCUGGAGAUGGAUUCAAACCCGCUGAUCAACGCGAUGGACCCGUCCAUCACGCUGUGGCAGUUCCUGCUCCACCUGCUGGACGACCACCGGCAGCGCCACCUGAUCUCCUGGACCGGAGAGGACGGAGAGUUCAAGCUGCUGGACGCUGAGGAGGUGGCUCGCCUCUGGGGCCUCCGCAAGAACAAACACAACAUGAACUACGACAAGCUGAGCCGCGCGCUCAGAUACUACUACGACAAGAACAUCAUAAAGAAAGUGAGUGGUCAGAAGUUUGUGUAUAAGUUCGUCAGUCAGCCCGACCCGUCGCUGCCGGACGCUUCACGGAACGGCGAGGACGCUCAGAGGAGGGACGGCGCCGACCAGAACAGCCAAUCAAAAGGCCUCGGGGGCGUGACCUCGACCUGUCCGUCAAAGGGCUUACCCCAGCGCUCGUCGCCCGGCGGCUCUCAGAAAAGUUCCCGUAACGACUACAUGAAGUCGGGCCUCUACUCCACCUUCACCAUCCAGUCACUGCAGGCCUCGCCCAGCCCCCGGCCAAUUAAAACAGAGCUGCUGCUGCAGCAGGACGCCGCCGCCAAGGUGGACCACACGCCCCGAGAGGUGUGUGUGUUGGAGUCGAAGUCCUCCCCGUCAGCAGGAGGUGCGGUGGAGUCAGCUCUGCAGGUGAUUGUGACUCAGGCGUCUCCGUGUGCCACUCCAGCACUGAGUCCUCAGAUUCCAGCCGGCAACCAAUCACAGAACCCUGCUGCUCCUCCUCUCAGCGAGCCUCCUCAGAUUUACCUCACCAGCGUGGGGGACCCGUCCUCCCUCACCCCCCUGCUCCCCCUGGCUCCUGUGGGGGGGGUGGGGAGUCCCGCUCCCCCCGCCCACGUGUCGAUGGGCCCCCAGGGGCCUCAGCAGGAGGACCCACCAGGCUUUCCCCCUCACUCUCUGGCCACUCCUCACCCGACUCACCCCCCGCCUGUCUUCGUCAUCAUCAACCCCCCUCCCUCCCAGCAGCAGACUCCGCCCCCCCGGCCUCCUCCUCCUCCCAUCGUGAUCAAGGAGGAGAACCUGCCGUCAGAGGAGGAGCUGCUGCAGAUGGUGGAGGAGGUCCCUCAGCUGAUCUGUGGCCCCGGGGCCACGGAGCCCCCCCUCACCAUCGCGGAGAGCCCGCCCCCCUCUUGCGUGGAGCCGGGGGUCGGAGGUCAGCUGCCUGCAGGCGAGGGCGAGGGCACGCCGACAGAGCCCUCUGUCGCCACAGGGACCUCCUCCUCCUCCUCCUCUUCCUCCUCCACCACCACCACCUCCUCCACCUCCACCUUGACGACGGUGGCGGCUCCUGUGGUGAUCACCACCACCACCACCACCUCCUCUUCCUCCUCCUUCUCGGACGCUGCUCCUCCCAAACCAAAGAAGCCGCGGGGCCUGGAGCUGCCCUCCUCCCCCUCCCUCCCCCCCGGCCUCUCGCUGGAUAAGGUGAACGCAGCUGUGAACAGUUUAUUGGCUCCUGGAUCAGCGACCAACACGCUCACACCGACUGUCAUCACCUCCCACGCCCUGACUCCGGUCCUGCUGACCCCCAGUCCUCUUCCCUCCACCAUCCACUUCUGGAGCACGCUCAGUCCGAUCGCUCCGCGAUCACCAGCCAAACUCUCCUUCCAGUUUCCCACCAACGGCAGUAAUCAGAUCCACAUCCCGGCUCUGAGCGUCGAUGGACUCUCCACCCCAGUGGUCCUGUCCCCCGGUCCCCAGAAACCCUGAGGUCCCUGGAAACCCUGAGGUCCCGGCCCACUGGGCUCAGAACUCACCCCGCGGCUCCGAGGACUCGAUCUCAGACUCGAACAGGAGCCACUUGUAGUUUUUAGGCAUCAGUCGCCAGACUGGGAGGACUGAGAGGACUGGUUAACUGGGAGGACAGUGAGAUUUGCUGGUUUUUCGGGGACCUCUGACUGGUGGAACUCUCUCCUUGUGUCUGGGAGCAACAACCGUCUGGUUCGUCCUCGGCUCGGAGGGCUUGUGUCGCCGUGGAAACGAACGCUUGAAGAGAAGACAGACGAGGUUUUCUUCUGUUCAGGAUAAAGUUUGUUUUUAUCCAAAGUUUCAACGGAAAAACGAAAAUUUCAGUUUCUGAGCUGAAACAAAAAGCAUCAAACUGGAAACAAACUUUGAGAGAAACUUUGAUUUAAAUCGUUAAUAUUAACGUGUUUUCGGGGCUUUUUGCUCGUGGUCGUCUGUUUCUAAACUUGUGGUUAUUUAUUCGUCGUCGCCGUGGCUACCGACUGUCGCCUGCAGACUUCCUGCAGACUUUUUUCGCGCCAUUUUUUUUUGCUUCGCUCUUAUUGGUCGCUUUUUAAAGGCCACGCCUUCUCCAGUUAUGCAUGGCCUGUUAUUGGACGGAGCUCGUCAGCAUCAUGUUUGAACUGACCAAUCAGAGAGGAGGAGUUUUUACACAGCCAAGUUAUUUCUCUAUGUGACAGAUUGUAUAUUUUCUAACAGAACUGAGCGAGUUUACUAUUGGUCACAUUCCUUCAUGAAUCAAUAACUCUGAUCAGCUCUGAUGAAUGUUUCGUUCUGACGCCUCGGACUCUGCAGAUGUUCUCACAAGUUCAAACAAAAGCUUCAGAUUCACAAAAAAAUAUAUAUAUAUAGAAAAUAUAUAAAUUUUGAAUAUAUCAAGUGAGGUUUGAUGGAGGAUAUUGAAGAGAAGAAUCUUAAAGUUUAAGUUCUCGGGUCUUUAGGGAUGCACUCAGAGUUUUUCAUUUAUUUUUACAUAAACUAAAGAGCCUAAAUGUGUUUUUGUCUUGUUUAUCAAAGAAAAAAAUCAAUUAGAAAACUGAAAUUGUGAAAAUAUUAAACACUGAACGUCAUUCCAGCAAAGAACAAUAUAAAAAUAUCUUAAAUUUCCUCAUGAAUGGGAGCAGCUGGACGUUUCUGAUCGUUUCCUUUUCAGCCUCUAACUCUUUUUAGAUUUUCCCCUCCAGAUACUUCAGAAGAAGAAAAAACUAUUUUCGUCCUGCGUCAUCUUUCAGAAAUGAUUCAGUCUUUUCUCUUAUUUGGAAUAAUAUAAUUCAGUGCAUCCCUAGUUUGCCUUAUUUUUUAAGACAGGUUGACGUCUCAGAUUAACCGACAACCAGAGAGCCCCUGAAGUAAACAUGCGCUGACCAAUCAGAAGCCUCCUCACGGAUCAGCUGUUUGUUCUCAGAAACUUGUGGAAACAUCACAAUCAGAAAAACGCCCGAAAAACAAACCAGCUGCAGAUUUUUAUGAACACAAAGUGUUUUGCUUCUUCUAAACGACUGUUGUUGUUGUUGUUAUUGUUGAAGUUGUUGUUGAUGUUGUUGCCGUUGUUGUUGCUGCGGAGCAUCUGACGCUCCUCCUCGUGAUGAUGCUGUUAACGUGACGCUACGCUUCUGUGUGUGACGACAAGGCUGCUGACACACACCGAACACACGCACGCACACACACACACACACACACACAGCUGGACCGCCAGGAACUGAGUGAUGAUGUCGUUUAUUAUCAGCUGAUAUCAUGUUGGAUUCAUCAGCUGUUUAGAUCCAGACUGUGUGUCAGACUGACAAUCAGAAACAAGAAACAAAAAGGAGACAUUAAAAUAAAUAAAUGCAGCCUCGGUUCGGUUCCUGUCGGUCUGAUGUUCAGCUUCAGUUCCUGGCGGUCUGAUUUCCAGCCUCGGUUCGGUUCCUGUCAGUCUGAUUUCCGGCCUCGGUUCGGUUCCUGGCGGUCUGAUUUCCAGCUUCGGUUCGGUUCCUGGCGGUCUGAUUUCCGGCCUCGGUUCGGUUCCUGGCGGUCUGAUUUCCAGCCUCGGUUCGGUUCCUGUCGGUCUGAUUUCCGGCCUCGGUUCCUGGCGGUCUGAUUUCCGGCCUCGGUUCCUGGCGGUCUGAUUUCCGGCCUCGGUUCCUGGCGGUCUGAUUUCCAGCUUCGGUUCGGUUCCUGGCGGUCUGAUUUCCAGCCUCGGUUCGGUUCCUGGCGGUCUGAUUUCCGGCCUCGGCUCGGUUCCUGGCGGUCUGAUUUCCGGCCUCAGUUCGGUUCCUGGCGGUCUGAUUUCCAGCCUCGGUUCGGUUCCUGGCGGUCUGAUUUCCGGCCUCGGUUCCUGGCGGUCUGAUUUCCGGCCUCGGUUCCUGGCGGUCUGAUUUCCAGCUUCGGUUCGGUUCCUGGCGGUCUGAUUUCCAGCCUCGGUUCGGUUCCUGGCGGUCUGAUUUCCGGCCUCGGUUCGGUUCCUGGCGGUCUGAUUUCCAGCCUCGCGGUGACGUGAACGCAGCACCAAGCCAUCGUGUUUCGACUGUUCUCUCCUUUUACAGCAUGACUCUAUUUUUCUAUCAGAGACGACGAGUUUUUAUUGAGUCUCGAGUUUAAAGAGCGACGGCCUUAAAGAGCUCAGAGCGACAACUUCAUCGUUUUUAAAGAGAAAAGUUUGAUGAAGAAGAAGAAGAAAAUAAGCCAUUUGUAGAGAAAGCUGAAGGUUUCGAGUCGUUUCUCUCACCAGCAGAACAUGAAGAAUGUUUUUAUAUUGAUUCGUAACAGCGGUGCAUGCUGGGUAAAGUUGAAGCUCGUUUUCUGGAACACACUGUAAAAAAAAGUAUUUCAGCAGCUUCAUGAAGUUCACCGACAGUAAAAAAAACUUUAAGUUUCACAGUUGAUUAUUACGUUUGAAACUUUAAUCUCAGAGCAUUUCUGUUUUUUUUUAACUCGUAGAUUCUUUUGACUUUUUAGUCUUUAGAAUAUUUUUGUUCUUUAAAAUUUGCAGGACGAGCCUCGGUCGCUUAGCAACCAUAACAGUAAUACUGUAGUACUCUCUGUAGUACUUUAGUACUUUCAGUAAUACUGUAGUACUCUGUUUCUGCAGUAAAAUGUGAAAUAAAGUGGCACAUCAUUUUUCCAAACGCUUGUUAACGGGUCGUGACAGUCGCGUCCCUCGCCUGCAGCUGAUUGGUCCUGUCGCGUCGCUCGGCUGCAGCUGAUUGGCCGGCAGAGUGUCAUGUGACCGGCGGUCUUGUGUUGUGAGUCUCAUGAACGUGUUGGUCUUUAUUCUUUACAUUUCUAUAUUUAUAUCUCUGGGGACGUGUGAUGUCAUCUGGUGCUUCCUGUCUGAUUAGCUGUGUGCUGUUGCCGUGGAGACGCAUUAACAGUUCCUCCUGUAACACUGGAGCUCUCUGAUUGGACGACUCUUCGUCCCUGACCUUUGACCCUCAGAUUUUACUCGUGUGGCCAACAGUUUGUGGACAGAAUUCACUUUAAAAAGUUAAUCAGCACUUAGAUUCUGCUGCACUCCAUUCAGAAAACCAUCGUUUUAACAGCAGUGUUCUUGUGUUUAUUCUCAUUAAAUCACAGAUAAAUCUCUUUAUUCUCAUUAAAUCACACAAUAAAUCUCUUUAUUUAGCUUCACACUGAUGUGAUGGAGCUGAACCUUCCGGACACAGAAGGAGAUGAAAAGUAAUGGCGGCUUGUUUUCUCGUUCAGUAAUGCUAAUAAACACAAAUAUAAACUUGUUGUAGUGUCACAUGACGUCAGAGCGCCCUCUGCUGGAGCACCAGACAAACUGCUUCAAACAGUUUUUAAUUAUUUCCCCCCAAAAAAAUUUGAAUCAAAAGUGACAGCUGUGCUUGCCGUAAAAACAGCUGACUGUCCACAUACUUUUGGCCGUGUAUUUAUAUUUAAAGUCCCAUGAUGCUUUGCAGCAGUCAGACAGAAAGCUUUUAAUCAGAUGAUGAUUAUUGAUUAUUGAUCAUAAGAGCUAACAGUUUUUAUAUCAGCUGAUUUCUGUACAUAAAUAUACUCUGAAUAUGAAUCUAUAUAUUCUGUACGGCUGAGGAGCGCUGACUCAUCACGUGUUGUUCCUGUGGUCGCUGUCAGAUCUGGCGUGGCCCCGCCCCUCCUCGCCUCUGAUUGGCCGAGGGGUUUAUUGACGUAAAGGGGGCGGGGCCUGCUUUUAUUUUUCUGAGACAGAAUUCUAUGUGUCACUUACUGGAAAAAACAAUUCUAUUAAAAGAAACUAUUUUUUAUGGACAUGA